AUGGCUGGUUUUAGCAACUACGGUGAUAGCGUCGAUAUCGCUGCCUACGGCACGGAUAUCUAUGUCGGUAACAACGAAAUCUCGUCGGGUACGUCCUUUGCCUGUCCUAUCGUCUCUGGAGCAGCCGCGAUCUUGCUUUCUAUGGGCGUUAAGCCAAAGUACGUUGCUGGGAUGCUCACCCACAACGUUGAUCGGUUCAAUAGCUCUUCGAGUCCCAUCAAGGCGCAUGCUGGAGCUCUGAACCCGCUAAAAGCUGUCAAUAUGGCGAUCGAUUAUCCCAUUUUGAGACGCUAA